AUGCGUGAUAAAGUAUCUAAGAAGAACAUUAAUUAUUGCUCAAGUGAUUUUAUCGAUUCGGUUCCAGCUCCAACAAAUGUUCUCAUUCCACCGAUGAACUUUUCUGCUGUACAUAUUUCAUCAUUACCAAAUUCGUCCACGCUUUCAGGUAAUCCAUCAAAUGAUUCUUUCAUCACAACAACAUCAACAUCGUUAUGCUUACAACCUAUCGUCGUUGAUGAUCAUGAUGGUUGUUUACCACUUAACAAUAAUUCUUCCUAUACCGAUCUUCAAACAUGUUCAUUUGAUGAUGUUGGUGAAUUAUUACGGGUUUCGACAGUAACAGUAUCAUCAGUUAAUGGAAAUGAAACAACAGAAAAUAAUGAAGAAAAUCUAAUAGCAACAGGUACUAAAACUGACUCUUCACCGAAUCCUAUUGCUGCUGUUCGGCAAUUAGUGACCGAAUUUUUAUCACAAUAUCCAGAAAAAAAAUUGCAAGUGCAAGAUCAAAAGUUCAUCGUGGUACAAGACUACGAAGUACUGUUGGUUUAA